GACACCCAGAGACACUUGCGCCUACAACUAGGAAAUUGGUAGAAGCUUUGUCACCGCCAACUGCGAAGCUUCAAAAUUAAAGCACGUCGAAACCUUCACCGAUUUCAUAUAUUUGCUUCUCUGCUUCAGACCGCCUUACUAAGAGUUUGAAGUUCCUUCUCUCUGCAGAGAAAGUGGAUUUUCUUUCUCUGUGCAAACACUGCUGGAUCCAAGUCUCUCGGAAGAACUGGUGGCAAAGCAGGCGUUUGGGGAUCGCGCCUGUGAUUGCUCCGUAGUGCCGACUUCCUCUCUCUCUAAUCAGAUGUAAAUGCAAGCUUAUUAAUUUAGUCUAAUUCUCCCUCUCACGCUCGCAACCUGUGAACUUGGGUCCUGACUGGUGCUGCGAGGAGGGAGGACGGUGGACAAGCGCCCCGGAGUCCGACCGGGUGGCGCCUAGUCGCCGUCUUCAGAGGCAAGUCCCCGCUCCGGCUCCUCCGCCGGGGUCUGGACUUAACCCAGGUCCAGGACAGGAAACCAUGACCGUGCCUCGGUACCCCCUCACCUUUCUGCCCCCCGCCCCCCCUUGAGCUGCUGUCCUUAACUGACGAUCCAGUGACUAUUGGCUGAAGUUCCCUAGCCAUUUGCAUGCACAGAGAGGGAGUGUCUUCUGCCGCCUCCCCGUCAGGAGCGCGCCGACUGCAGCUUCCAAGGGAAUGCGCGGCCGAGGGGAUGCGCGCAGCUCGCGGGCCCUGCCAGUGAGCUGGCGCCCGGCGACCUGGCACCCGCGCCUGGAUAUGGGGCGUCUAAGUCGUUCCAGGAGCAGCACCAGCCACAGAAACCUACCGCAUCUGCUUCUGUUUUUCCUCUUCGUGGGACCCUUCAACUGCCUGGCGAGUUACAGCCGGGCCACGGAGCUUCUGUACAGCCUGAACGAGGGACUGCCCGCGGGGGUGCUCAUCGGCAGCCUGGCCGAGGACCUGCGGCUGGUGCACGGAGCAGGGAGGCAGGACCCGCAGUCGCAGCCCCCGGAGCACAGCGGCGCCGAGCGGAACCCUCCUCUCUCCUUCAGCCUGGCCUCCCAGGGACUGAGUGGCCAGUACGUGAUCCUAGACAAUCGCUCCGGAGAGCUGCACACUUCUGCCCAGGAGAUCGACAGGGAGGCCCUGUGUCUUGAAGGAGGUGGAGGGGCUGCCUGGCGGGGCAGCAUUUCCAUCUCCUCUUCGCCUUCCGCUGACUCUUGUCUUUUGCUUCUGGACGUACUGGUCCUGCCUCAGGAAUACUUUAGGUUUGUGAAGGUGAAAAUCGCUAUCCGGGACAUCAAUGACAAUGCCCCACAGUUCCCUGUUUCCGAAAUAUCGGUUUGGGUCCCAGAAAAUGCACCUGUAAACACCCGGCUGGCCAUAGAGCAUCCUGCCAUGGACCGAGAUAUAGGCACUAACGGAGUUCAGACCUACCGCUUGCUGGACUACCAUCGUAUGUUCACCCUGGACGUGGAGGAGAAUGAGAAUGGGGAGCGAACCCCCUACCUAAUUGUCAUGGGACUGUUGGACAGGGAGACCCAGGACAAGUAUGUGAGCAUCAUCAUAGCUGAGGAUGGUGGGUCUCCACCACUGUUGGGCAGUGCCACCCUCACCAUUGGCAUAAGUGACAUUAAUGACAAUUGCCCUCUCUUCACAGACUCACAAAUCAAUGCCACUGUGUAUGGGAAUGCUACAGUGGGCACACCGAUUGCAGCUGUCCAGGCUGUGGACAGAGACUUGGGAAACAAUGCUCAGGUCACCUACUCUUAUAGCCAGAAAGUUCCACAAGUAUCCAAGGAUUUAUUCCAUCUGGAUGAAAACACUGGAGUCAUUAAACUUUUCAGUAAGAUUGGGGGAAGUGUUCUGCAAACACACAAGCUCACCAUUCUUGCUAAUGGGCCGGGCUGCAUCCCUGCUAUGAUAACUGCCCUGGUGACCAUUAUCAAAGUCAUUUUCAGACCACCUGAAAUUGUCCCUCGUUAUAUAGCGAAUGAGAUAGAUGGUAUUGUUUACCUGAAAGAACUGGAACCUGUUAAAACUCCAAUUGCAUUUUUCACCAUAAGAGAUCCAGAAGGUAAAUACAAGGUGAACUGCUACUUGGAUGGUGAAGGACCAUUUAGGUUAGCACCCUACAAACCAUACAGUAAUGAAUAUCUGCUAGAAACCACAAAACCUAUGGAUUAUGAGCUACAGCAGUUCUAUGAAAUAGCUGUCGUAGCCUGGAACUCUGAGGGAUUUCAUGUCAAAAAAAUGAUUAAAGUGCAACUUUUAGAUGACAAUGAUAAUGCUCCUAUUUUCCUUCAACCCUUGGUGGAACUAACCAUUGAAGAAAACAACUCACCCAAUGCCUUUUUGACUAAGCUAGAUGCUACAGAUGCUGACAGUGGAGAGAGGGGACAAGUUUCAUAUUUUCUGGGACCUGAUGCUCCAUCAUACUUUUCCUUAGACAGUGUCACAGGAGUUCUGACAGUUUCUACUCAGCUGGAUCGAGAAGAGAAAGAAAAGUACAAGUACACAGUCAGAGCUGUUGACUCUGGGAAGCCACCCAAAGAAUCAGUAGCCACCGUGGCUAUCACAGUGUUGGAUAAAAAUGACAACAGUCCUAGGUUCAUCAACAAGGACUUCAGCUUCUUUGUGCCAGAAAACUUUCCAGGAUAUGGUGAAAUUGGAAUAAUUAGUGUAACAGAUGCCGAUGCUGGGCAAAAUGGAUGGGUUGCCCUCUCCGUGGUGAACCAGAGUGAUAUUUUUGUCAUAGACACAGGAAAGGGCACGCUGAGAGCCAAAGUCUCUUUGGACAGAGAGCAGCAAAGCUCCUAUACUUUGUGGGUUGAAGCUGUUGAUGGAGGUGAGCCUCCCCUCUCCUCUACCACAAAAAUCACAAUUCUCCUUCUAGAUAUCAAUGACAACCCACCUCUUGUUUUAUUUCCUCAAUCUAACAUGUCUUACCUGUUAGUUUUACCUUCUACUCUCCCUGGCUCCCCAGUUACAGAGGUCUAUGCAAUUGACAAAGACACAGGCAUGAAUGCUGUCAUAGCUUACAGCAUCAUAGGGAGAAGAGGUCCUAGGCCUGAGUCAUUUAGGAUUGACCCUAAAACUGGCAACAUUACUUUGGAAGAGGCAUUGCUGCAGACAGAUUAUGGGCUCCAUCGUUUACUGGUGAAAGUGAGUGAUCAUGGUUAUCCCGAACCUCUCCAUUCCACGGUCAUGGUGAACCUAUUUGUCAAUGACACUGUCAGUAAUGAGAGCUACAUUGAGAGUCUUUUAAGAAAGGAACCAGAAAUUAACAUAGAGGAGAAAGAACCACAGAUCUCCAUAGAACCGACUCAUAGGAAAGUUGAGCCUGUGUCUUGUAUGCCCACCUUAGUAGCUCUGUCUGUAAUAAGCUUGGGUUCUAUCACUCUCGUAACAGGGAUGGGCAUAUACAUCUGUUUGAGAGGGAAAAGGCAUCACAGGGAGGAUGAAAAUUUUGGAGUACAAAUUCCAUUAAAAGGAAAAAUUGACUUGCAUAUGAGAGAGAGGAAACCAAUGGAUAUUUCUAAUAUUUGAUUUUUUUUUUUUUUUUUUUUUUGCUGUGGAGUAACAGAGAUGUUUUAACUGACUUUGGAGAGUCUUCACCACCCAAAGAGUGUUGGACAUCUAAUUUAUAACUUGUACUGUAUUGUAAAUAGCUGUUUACAAGUUUUUAAAUUCAAAAUCAGAGGUUAUAAAAUGUGUACAGCAUUUUUUUAAUGAAAAUUGGUACUAACAGCUUUGGAACUGUUAUAAAAAAAGCUUGGACAUGAUUUGCAGCUUUCAUACACCAAGCAGAUGAUUGUUAAAACCCGGGAAUAAGGUAAGAAAAUGGUACAUUGCAUUUUUGGCUAAAAAAGUCCUUUAACCACAAGAGGGCAUCAGCUGCUCCUUUGCAGGGAACUCUUAAGGUAUUGUACAUGACAGUUGUACAUGAAAUUAAUGAAAGAGUCUAUUUUAAAUAUAUUGUUUUUAACAUUAAACAAAGAUGAAAUUAAAGUAAAUGGAAUGUCACCCCACUUAAAUGUAUGAUAAAAAAGAAAAGAAAUGCAUUUGUAAACAGAAUGUUUAUUACCUCACAAGUGCAUAAUGUAUAAUUUGAAAGAGAAGACUUCACAAAGAAGCGCAAUUCUUUUUUAGCAAGGAUAAACGCUUUGCCAUGUGUUAAAGAUCUGACGUGCUGAAGAUUAAUUCGCCUUCUGUGUACUCUGGUUGCUUUCUGUUUGCUUUACCACUGCACUUGUUAUUAUUACAAGGUAAAAUAUAUAUAUUCUUUUUUAAAGAAAAUGUAACUAGAAAUUAUGUCCAAGAGAAACAGUCAGAAGCAAAGAUAUGUUUCAAUCUUAGUUGCUUCAUAGGUGUUCAUGAUAUUUUCAUGCUUUCACAACUUGUCAGUAGUGUUCUAUACUUGGGUUAUGUAUUAGAUUCUUAUAUACUUAAACUCAUGUGUUACAGAAAAAAAGAAAAAUCUAAUUAAAACAAAAUUAUUCUGGAAGCUGGUGGACACUACUGGUUGUUUUAGCUGGACCUUUUCUAUGAAAGUUAUACUUAUCUUUUUGUUGUUGUUUAGGUUUGUUGGCUACCGGUUCUGGCUUCCUUUCUUUGGCUUUGGAUUAGGUCCAAGAGUUUAUUUGUAAGCCCAGCAGCAGAUUUCUUUGAUAAUUUAGCUUUUACUGAACAAUUUGCAGUGAAGCAAGCUGGUUUAUCAGUGAUUGGUCAUCUUCACUUCCACGUGUGAGCUGGAAAUUUUAUUUUAUAUGAGAGCUAUAGCAAAAUUAUCUUUGUAAACAAAGAAUAAGUGUUAGCUUAAACUGGAUCAUUCUACUUUUGGGCAUCAUGUGUCUGUACUGUACCAAAAGUGUUUCUAUGUCUGCAAAUUAAAGGUAUAUAUUUUCAUAA